CGCCAACAGCCGUAUAUUUGUUUCAGCGCCUUCCUUUGCGGAUGUAUUUACUUAGAACAGUAUCAGUAUCAUCACUAACGUCCACGUGUUUUAGUUAUGACCAGUCGUUCUGAUGGACUGCUGCCAGUGAAGCGUUGCGAUACACGUGGUGUGCGACAAGAGCUGGUAUCAGGCUGUUUAGUAGGGACUAAGAGACUACUGACACGGGGAGGCAGGAAGUAAAUACUGUCAGUUCAUAGACAGCAAACACCCACACGAGAGAUCGAAUGGGUGAUUGCGGCGAAGUUAACUAUUUUCCUGGCCUUAAGAUACUGAUGCCUUACACGUUGCAAUAGGCAAUUCAUAACUCAAAGUAACUCAAGCUAUAACGCACAGCUCAACGAUGAAGACCUGUGGUGCGGGAUGUACGGGCACAGAGCCACUCGUCGAAUCGUCGACUGGGCAGAGCUAUUGCGCCAACUGUGGUGUUGUCAUCGAAUCGCAAACAAUCAGAAACGAGAUUCAAUUCUCGGAGAAUGCAAAUGGGAGUGCGGGGGUGAUCGGUACCUUAGUAUCACACGAUUUUUAUUCCUCGAAGUCCGCGUUCGGUAAUCAGUACGGAUACAGAAACUCUAGAGAAGUUACGCUGGCAAACAGUCGGAGAGUUAUACAGGGCAUUGCAGCUGGAUUGAAUCUGAAAACUGAUCACGUGGACAUGGCUCAGAACUACUACCGCUUAGCGCUCAGUGUAAAAUUUACCCAGGGCCGACCUACACGGAAUGUCGCGGCAUCGUGUUUAUAUCUGGUGUGUAGGAGAGAGGAGACCUCACACAUUCUGCUGGACUUUGCUGACGUCCUGCGAGUGAAUGUGUACAUAGUGGGUGCAGUGUUCCUGAAGCUGUGCCAGGCACUGCACAUCGAGAACUUGCCCAUUGUAGACCCUUGUCUGUACAUUCACAGAUAUGCGCUCAAGAUGGAGUUCGGUAGUAAGAUUGAUAUUGUGGAAGAGACUGCUAAUCGCAUCAUCCAACGUAUGAAACGUGAUUGGAUCCAUCUGGGCAGGAGACCUAUAGGUCUGUGUGGCGCUGCGCUGCUUUUGGCGGCGAGGAUGCACAAUUUCAGCCGCACAAUGAAGGAUGUAGUGGACAAUGUCAACGUCUACAACCAAACCAUCCAAAAUAGGUUAGAGGAGUUUGCUAAGACAGAGAGUGGGGGCUUGUCCCUGGAAGAGUUCAUGUUGGUAGACUUAGAGCGAGACGCAGACCCUCCCUCCUUCAUCAAGGCCAGACAACAGGCCAUCAUUGCGCAGAAGACCAUCACAGACGCAGAAAGUAUAGCCAUGGAAAUGGACAGUGUAUUGGCCAUCGAGUGGAUCCGUGACAAGCCUAAUCGAAACGGCACCAUCGCACCCGUGAAGCGCGCAUCGGCAGCGGCACUAAAACCUAAGCUGGAUAUAUCGGACGAUCCAGACAACUUAGACGAUGUCGACGAUGGAGAGAUUCACAACAUGUUGUUAACCAACGGAGAGGUGCAAGUCAAGACACAGAUGUGGACUCAGCUCAACCAGGAGUGGCUGUUGAAGGCUGAGGUUCUGGAGGGGCGAACAACUGAGCACGCACAGGGUGCCCCGUGUAUUGUUUCGUGA